CCUCUUGCAGUCAGGGCUGUUAGUAAAGCAAGAAUUUUCCAGUCUGCUCUUCUUUGAUUUAGUUUAGUUUGCAUUUAAAUUGGUGCCAUGAUGAAAGGGGAAGAUUCAGAGGAAGUGGACAUAGACCUGGGAGACUCCAGUGACCCUGAAGAAUUUGAAAAUGGGGAGAACCAUCAGACACUGUGGAAGGCCACUCCUGCCUUGGAAGAGGAGGAAAACAUUCACACAUCUACACUAGUGGAAAUCAGCGAUACCAAACCUCUUAUUAAUGCCAGAGACCCACGAGGUAUCAAUGACUGCCUUAAGGUGGCAUUUGAGGAUGUGAUAGCUGAGCCUGUGUCAGUGCGCAGUGGGGACAGAGUGUGGAUCUGGAGCCAUGCCCUGUUUGAGGUGUCCCGGGUUUGGAUUUACAGGAUAGUCACAGUGUUUUUGGCCAUUCCUAUGUCAAUAAUCUCUGGACUCCUGUUUGCCAUCCUCAGCUGUCUUCAUAUCUGGUUUGUUGGUCCCUGUAUCCAGUGUAUCCUUAUUGGCACUCGCUGGCUGCAGAGCCUAUGGAGCAUUGUGCUUGGUGUCAUUGUACGCCCUUUUCUCACAAGUGCUGGGAAAUGUUGCGGUGGCUUCAGCAUUCACCUGGCCAAAGAAUGAGACUCAGGCGUGAGAAGCACAUUCAGACUGCAAAUGUUCAUUGACAAUGGACAAGCACACUUAAUGUGUUCAUGUGGAUCCAAACCAAGUAGACAUUUUUUUAAAAAUAUGUUAUUCAAAAUACAAAACCAAUUAA